AUGGGUGUUGGACGAGCCCUAGGAGUGAGGAAGCUAAGUCUGAGAUUUAUUGGACCUUACAAGAUUCUACGUAGGGUAGGACUGGUUGCCUACCAGCUUGCCUUGCCUUAUCAAUUAUCAAACUUGCACGAUUUAUUCCAUGUUUCUCAGUUGAGGAAGUAUGUAGCUGAUCAUUCUCAUGUGGUUCAACCUGAUGAUGUUGAGAUUCAGAAAAAUUUGAAAACUCUUGUUGGGCCACUGAAGAUACUCGAAAGAGAUGAGAAAAGGUUGAGAAAUAAAUCCAUUCCUAUGGUAAAAGUCCAGUGGGAAGGAAGGAUGCCUGAAAAGUCCACUUGGGAGCGGAAGGACGAGCUUCUCCGACAGUAUCUUGAGUUUAAGGAUAUGUGUAUUCUUGAUUUUACGGACAAAAUCGCUAAAAGGUGGGGUGAUUAA